UACCUUGAAAACAGAUGAGAGAGGAAAAAAUUGCGCACAGAGGCGGGGAGCGGAAGAGGAGGAGGGAAAUGAAAAAUAAAAAAAGCUGAUGAUAAAAGAACAAAACAAAACAAAAAAACCAAGUUGAAUUUAUUGGAGAGUUCGCGCAGUGUCAUUCCUCUUGUGUAUUGAAUGUUAAAAUCUAGAUCAGAACAUUUUUUUAAAAAAAAGUUUAUUCUCCUGCGUGUUCUCGAUCAAUUCAACGAUCAUUCAAGGGAGGCAAACCAACGCCACAACACAAGUGUGUUGUUGAUCGCUGUGUUUGUUGUGUAUAUAAGUUCUCCUGGUUCACGGUGGUGUGUUGUGUGCUGUUUAACACGAGAAGUGACGGGCUGUAUCCUCUCUAUGCACAGCUUUGAGUUACAGUUACAAGUUUCUAGAUUUCAGUGACGGAAAUAUGAUGGAAAUCGCUUUACGUUGCAUGAGACUAGAUUGGUGUCUGUGGCUGUAGAGGUUUCCGUUGUGUGAGCCACAGAUGGAGGGUACAGCGCUAGAUACAAGACUGCUUAAACUAGUCAGCAACUAAAUCUACCACUGGUCAGCAAGUGAAGACCUUAACCUAAAGGUCACCAAGUGAAGACCUGAACCUAAAGGUCACCAAGUAAAGAACUUACCCUAAAGGUCACCAAGUAAAGACCUUAACCAUAAAGGUCACCAAGUAAAGACCUUACCUCUAAAGAUCCCACCCUAGUCACCACGUGAAGACCCCUAACAUGGCCAACUUUGUGAUACACCUGGAAGAUGUGCUGACCAUGCUGCUCACGUCUCACCUGCUCGUCCUGCUCCAGCUCGUGCUGAUCCGCCUGCUCCACUGGUGCUCGACCUUUCUGAACCUUCGGACGCUGGUCGAGAUCCACAGGUCAAGGCCAAGCCUGCUGCCCAGGAUCCUAACAGAACAGCUGAGUCUCUGGACAUUGAUGGUUCUCACCAUUCUAGCCCUAACGUACACGUCAAUAUCGUCUCUUCCAUUCAGUCACCAGCCCUCCCCUUACCCAAACUGUCUCAUCCGGGUUAUUCUAAGUGCAAACGUGGCCAGAUUUCUUGUCAUGGCCCUGCAAAUGCUCCUCGUCCGUGAAACAGUAGACGGAAAACCGGAGACUCGGUCCGUCGCAGGCCAAUCUGGCAAGCCAGGCGUUGACUUUGUUUACAACCUACUCAGCGCGGCGAAUUGCCUGAUCAGUAUGGCCUACAAUGAAAAUUUACUUUUGGCCGUCACGAUCAUCAUACCGGAAAUCAGCUCAUCGGCAAAAGACACCUGCCUCGUUCUGAAACUCGGCCAAAAAAGCUACAGCACGUGCAAGAAAAUGAUCAUGUUCUCCUGCGCCAUUUGUUUCGUUUCCCGGGCGUUUCUGCCUAUAACACUGGUAACUCUUGCCAUGCUUCAAGAAACUCCGUUUUUCAUGGAUAGCGUCCCUUUGACCGUUUUCCUUCUCCACUUCGUAUACGCUUUUCUCUACAGCUGUCUGUUGCUUCACCAAAGCAUUCAGCGUGUGGUGAACACCUGUCGGUACAAGCCACCGACUUCCGAGUGCAAUACUUUUUCUAUCAAUGAAAAUUCUAACGGAACGAACUUCAAAGAAAACAGACUUGUCACCAACCAGUGUUUCAGCUACGGAUUCACCCGGGUCUGCGAUAAUCGGAAUUUGUGCAGCCCCCUCCCCGUGAAGGAGAAAGAAAAACUCAACCUGUUAAAAAAUAAAGAAAUGGCGAAGUAUUUUUUACUGUAUAAGCUACCACGUGACCAGGGGACGCCUCACGGGACCGGGGAGAGCAGUUUCGUGACGUCGUGCCGUGACGUCAGCGACCCGGUCUGUUCGAGGAACGAUUCGCCGGAAAUGACAGUAGACAGUCACAGCUCACUGUGUCAGUCGCGAGAGACAAUGAUCAGUAUGGAGGAUCUGUCUUUAUCGGUGGACAUCUUCAAACAAGACGAGACCAGUAGCCAGGAAAAACGGAUAAAUACUGGACAAAAUGAAUAGUGAAGUAAAAAAAAAUACUUUAUAUGAAUUUAUUUUAUCAACUAAAUGAGGGGUAAAAAGAGGGGGAAGAGGUAAUUCUCUCCAUUUACUAAAAGCAGAAAAAUGUUUCCAAGAUUAAUUAAUCUAAUGUGGAUGUUUUACUGUUUUUAUUAAAACUUACAGAAACUCAUGAUAUGGAUGGUAUUUUAAUCAUCGUUUCUUUUGGACAUUUUU